UGGCAGAGGCGCAGGGACAUCCCAGCUGCCCGGGGCCGGGGAGGGGGGCACGGUGGCGUCUGACCCCCAGGCGGGGGGCACAGCCCUCGGCCCAACCCUCUCCGGAGCUCCGUGCGCUCGUCUCCUCCGGCUGCCCUCCUCACCUGGGCACAGGCAGCUAGGGAAAGAAGGACAGCCCUCCCCUUCGGAGAGGCGGGCACACCCUCCCAGAGAAGCCGUCGGGGGAACCAGCGGGGCUUCGGACGGGCGGCCAGGGCAGCGAUUGCCAGAGCCCAGCGGCCAGGGGAGCUCUCUCUCGCUUCCAUUCCGAUUUGGGUUUGAAACCAAAGACACUUCGAAGAUGACGCUCCUUGCUUCUGAGCGAUCAAUGCUUAUCCGGAGCAAAUUCCGCUCUGUUCUCCAGCUCCGAAUGCAACACCGAAGAUCCCAAGAGCAACUCUCUGAACGCCACCUCCUUCCAGCGCUCAGCAAACCCCUUGUGACUUUCUCGCAUCCCAAUGAGCCACAGAGCCAGAACAAGGCCAACGAUUUGGUAAAGCUGAAAGCCUCUCCCCGUCCCCACAAGACCAGCACUGCCAAGGGCCAGGUGACAGAAGCACCUCCCGGAAACCCUACUGAGCUGCAGGACAAAAAGGCUCGCCUGGCCGAAGACCUGAGCGAGAAGAUCCUACACCGCCCUGGACCACUUGAGCUGGUGAAGAAGAACAUCCUCCCCCUGGAUCCGGGCAUCAAGGAUGCUGUGACGGAGGCAGUUCCGGCUGCACCUGAUUCCUUCACCUUUGAGGAAGAUCUCAGUAGCUCCUCUUCCUCUUCCUCCCCGUGUUUUGCACUGUCCCCAGGAAAUGCCCUUGGGAACCUGCCCACGGCCUCAUCAGGGGCAGCCUUACAGCUGGAGCUACCCCCGCUCCUAGCAGAUCAGCAGCCCGCCAGGUCGACGUCCACCGCUGAGUCCGAGUUCCCUCUCCCAGGGGAGAGCUCCCUUGCCAAGCCCUCGGUCUCGCUUCUCAAGGCCUCACCCAAGGUUCCCGAGGCCAGGAAACCGCCACGGCCCAAGAAGGUGAAGGAGCCCCGGCCCAAAGUGAAGAAGCUGAAGUAUCACCAGUAUAUGCCGCCGGACCAGAAAGGGGAGCAGGCCCCGGUGCCCAUGGAUGCGGCCUACGCUCGCCUCCUGCAACAGCAGCAGGUCUUCCUGCAGCUCCAGAUCCUGAACCAGCAGCAGCAGCCAACGCCGACAUCACCAGCAACCUUCUGUGUUCAGGCCCUCCAUACUGUCCCCGCCAGCAAUGCCCCAGAACAGCUGCUCAGUUUCUCCGGGACUUCCACCCCACCAAGUGGGCCCCCUCCUCCUCCUCCGCUCCCUCUUCCAUCUCCAGCCACACCAACCUCCCCUUCGCCUCCCAAGCCGGAGCUGUUGCCUGCCAACCUGGAGGAGCUCACGGUCUCAGAACUCCGCCAGCAGCUCCGUAAACGGGGCCUCCCUGUUUCAGGCACCAAGCCGGCCUUGCUAGAGCGCCUCAAGCCUUACCAGGUGGCCCGAAGCAAGCCCCCACCAGUCCCGCUCUCCAGCACCCGCUUGGCAUCUCCAGACCUGGAAGAAGAGGCCCAGGCCUUGCGGGAGAAGCAGCGGGUGGCUGAGAACCUGGCCCUGAAGCUCCACCGGGAGCCAAAGCAGCACGACCAUGAUGACCUCCGGGUGGAGCUGGAGAUGCACAAGCGGAUCAAGAAUCGCCGCAAGGGAGCGUUGCAGUCGCCUGGCCAGCCGGGAGCGCCACCACCUUAUAUGCCAAAGAGGGAGUGCGCCAAGGAAGGGGGAGGCCAAGAAGACAACUUCAUGGUCUUGUGCCCUCCAUCUUGCGAGCCGAUUAAUUCUGAUAUGGAGCUGCCCCUUGAAAUCACAGCGAGCCCCGUCGACCCGGCCCCAGGGACCCGCUCCCUCGAGGAGGAGCUCCAAGAGGCCAUCCAGAAAGCUCAGUUGGUGCCAAGCCAAUCCAUUGAAGAAAUCUUAGAAGAGCCUCUGGUGUGUUCAGGUGACCUUCUCCAAGCACCUGCCUUGACUCCAGAGGUCCCCUCCAAUCAUGUCGCUCCAUCACCCCUCAUCCACCAAGAAGCAUCGCCACCAAAGAAGCCCCGCCCCAGCAGCGAACCUUCUUUGGUGUCCUCCGCCAUCUUUGAUUUCCCUGGACCAUACGAUUUCCUCUCAACCGCUUCUUCCUCAUCAGCAUCUCUGGACUCAUUGUCCUCGGUUUUCUCCCCUGACUCUCUGGAGAUGCCACCGUCUCCUCCAGACGCCUGGCAAGGGAGCAGGGCCCGUACAGGAUUCGACGCUGUCGAUUGGCUGGAGGCCUUGACCUCAGGCUCUGCCUCGGGUCUAGGCUCCACCAGUCCCGUUGGCAGCAGCAUCUUCUGCACGGACUUCUUCGAUUCACCAGACCUCAGUGUCAACCACAUGAUAGACCUAAUGGUGGAGCAGUGGUAGUCGAGGCACCAGGAAGCUGUCUGCAUAGCCAAGGCCUGAAGGGAAAAGGGGGAAAAUCCUCCUUCUGUCCUGCAAGGUCAUGGCAACACUGGGCAACUGUGUUGCAUGGGCAAGAAUGACAGUGUUUUUGGGUGGUCAACAUCAUGCUUCACCUGGAUGGUCUUGUUUCCAUUGAUGCCAAAUCCAAAUGCUCCCUUAAGAAGAAUUAAAUCACUGGCCUUUGGGUUGGGCCAAUGCCAUGCCUUAUCUUGAAUGGCCGGGCAAUCCCAGAAACCUUUGUGGUUCUCAAUGAUGUGGCUAUCCGGAGAUAGAUUAAGCUAACAUUUGGGAGGACAAGAAUUAGCCAGCUGCAUUGGAUGGGUAAAAUCAUGAUUCAGGACAGCAUUGUCUUCAGUG